GUAGUAAUAUUUCUUGCAAUACAAGCCACAAGCUACUUCUUCGAAUUCUCAAGACGAUUCACUUGUGCUAUGAUGACGCUCAUUACCCGUAGAAAAUUGUGGCUGAGAAUGUGUAGCUCACAAUCCAGUGCUAAUAGUCUAUGACGAGUACAGCAACUUCGGCGAUUAAAAAAAUCAGAGAUGGAGCACAUCACAUGAUUACGCCCAUAUACAGACAGACUUACUUUAGCCAGUGAUUACGUCUGUAAGUCCUGAUAAUGGAGCCUAAACCUCAAAGCACACUAAAGAAAAGACCGAGUGUGAUACACAUAUCCUCGUUCCACUAAGUGACAUCGUUCAAGUUGCUUUACUAUGAUGUUUCUUCGCAUUCUUCUUGUCGCUUCUAUUGUCAUGCUCGUCGACUUGACUACAACUUUCACACCAAUAGCUUCUCACUUCGUCGCAUCUUCUUCAGCUAUGGCCUCGACGGAUACGGUGCAGACGGCCGGGUCGACUAGGAGAUUUCUACGAUCGUCCAACAUGACUGCAAAGAGUCAGCAUAAAUCCUCUGAGUCUCGUCAUGAGGAAAGAGAUGGGCUUAUUCGAACUGUGGGAUCCUACCUAAAUAAAAUCUUCGGCUUCCGACAUCGUAAUCUUGACGAGAUUUUAGCGGAUUACCCGCUUGUCUAUCGCAGUUUUAUUCUCAUUCCAGAGCACAAUGUAAAGCACUUCAUGUACAAUUAUGGCUUCAAAACAAACAAAGAUGUGAACAAACAUAAAAAAUGCUUUCCGCUCUGCUAUUGAGUCGCAUGAGGCAUUUUAUCCAAACUGAAGAGCUGCCAAAAUAUUUGAAGAAACGUGGAAUGGAGUUGGUGAACGAAAUUGUCGGAAAUCGCCUUGCCAGGAAAUAUUUUGCCCCCUACAUUAACGGCGAACUAAACAGUGAAAAUUUUCAGAAGACAAUGCUAGAAAAACAUCCUUUUUUGGCGAAAGAAACCAGAGAAAAAGCCGAGAAACUGCUUGAUAGGGCUAGUCGGUUCUUGGGCAGUUAUCUUAAACAACACUUUUACGCAAAUGCCGGAGAUUAGAAAUCUUUUCACCUUUUAAUGUGAUUCAUUUUGCUUGUUUUGUGUUUGUCAAAGGUGGUAACACUACUACCUGUUGCUCUUCAAUGUGAUUCUCGCACUGGUUUACGUCUUCAUCAUCAAUUCAGACAUAGCUCAUAGUACGUCCUCUGUGUCGUUCACAUUGCAUCACCUUCGACAAACUGAACGUAGCAGCAUAAAGAGCAGCACGAAAAACCUAAAUAGAAUGUGUCGAUCAAUAUUUCGAAGCUUGAUGCCGUGGCUGACGAUUGCGAGGGCAGAGGGUAUGGAUGUGAUAGAUUAGAAUGCGAAGGGGCGCUAGAUAAUAGACAUCAAGGAGCUUACAGCCUUGGCUCAUUAAUUCAAUGCUCUUGCUUAUCCAUGAUGGUACUGUGAGAUUUUUGUAACGCGUGGAGACUAAAAUUCAUUUCACAAUAUCAUUCCGAUCCAUCAGCCUUUGCUCAUGUGCCACAAAGUCUGUUGCCUUUCUGGCUGUAAAUUGCGGAGAUUUCCAGUCGUUUCAAGACCUUAGGCCGAGACUUUUACUGGUACUACUACCAAAAACAAUGUGCAAAGUGAGCAUAGGGUACAGUUGGUUGCAGAUAGUGUAUUUUCAAGCUGAUGUCAACAUCAACGUGAUGGUCUUGGCACGCUUGGUUUAAAGAAUGUGAAAUAUACGCGUUCGCAUUGUCAAUUCAUCCCGUUCACCUCCAUUUUAGUAAAUAUCUUUGCUGGUCGAUUCGGUCUUGGUCAUUUUAGACUCGCCCGACAGUUCAUGCAUUGCUAAACGCGAAUGUGUUCUAUACAAUUGUUGACAUAUUACAUCAAUUACAUGUGCCUUGAAGAGUGCAAUGAAGAUUGAGAAGCCACAGUAAUGCCAAGUGAUGCUCCUGAGGAGGUUGCAAGGCGUGCUCACUGAUUGCCGGGUUCAGCAGGUCUGUAAUUGAAUGAGGUGUUUACUUGAAAAACGACAAGAUGAUGAUUGAAAGCCAUUACGGUUUAAGGAUAUUUCCGGUAUGCCUUGGGGCCCUGCUUAAAGACUGUCUUCAAGUGGAAUUAUUAAAAAAUGUGAUGUAGAUAGCGAAUCAAGUCAGAAAGCACAGAACGACAACAAACGUAAGUCAUUUGCCACCUUAAUGGUCUCUUGGAACGUACGAAGGAAUUUCAGACAAAUUCAUUAAGUGCUAUCAGCUUGAGAAGAGCAAAAGUUUGGUGCAGAAUCCUAUCACCUCGAGACGUAGUGUCGCAUUUCACCGGCGUUCAUAACCAUGCUGUCAAAACCAAACUUGUCGGCUGAACGGUCAAUAUUCACAAGCUGUUUUUACAAAGUCUAUCGUCUUUGAAGUCUGCCCUUGCUUUCGUUCAUCAAUGCCGUCCUUAUCGUCAUUUCGGCAUCCACAGACAAGCCCAAAAAAGAACUAAUCUUAGCGGUUUAUCCACCUAUCAUUUUUCG